CCACCACCUCCCGCACCCUCGGCGCCCUCCCCUCCUCCACCCCCACAACCUCCCACUGAACCCGCAUACCAACGCCCGCCCAUAACCUCCCCCCGCUCCCUCCACCAACUCUCCAUCUACCUCCUUGGUAGCACCUGCCUCCUCCUCAGCACAACCCUAACCCGGCGCGCCAUCCACCGGCGCCAUCUACGCCUCACGCCCUCCUACUUCGCUCCAAAUACCAACCCACACGAGUACUUUAGCCCCUUCGCCGACGCGUGUCAGGCAUUCAACCUCGCCACCAUGAACUGCGCGAGCGUGGGGAUAAUGAUGCUAGGCGGUGUGAUGUGGGUGAGUGACAUAUCGAAUCUGCAGGAGGCGAGGAAGGUGUUGAGGGGACGACUGGGGUAUGAGCGGAUUUACGAGAGUGAGGAGGAUGUCCCGAAUUCGAUUUCGCAGAUGAUUCUGCAGGCGGGGGAGGUUAGGUUCAAGGAGGAGGAGGAAGAA